AUGUCUGGCGUUAGAAUUCGUUUGGCAAGGCACGGCGUUGCGAAUAGGCCUUUCUACCACCUCGUCGCGAUCCCCGCCCAGAAGGCCAGGAAUGGACUGCCGCUUGAGAAGCUUGGUGAAUAUGAUCCAACACCGAGAAUCAGGGUCGCAGGCACACCAGCCAGGAAACUCGUCGAAUGGGACAAGCAGCGUAUCGAUUACUGGCUCAGCGUCGGUGCGAUGCCUACACAGCCAGUGACCAAAUUGCUGAUGAGAGGUGGCGUUCUUCCAGAACACAACAAAUUUCUCAAAAGGCCUUCGUCGAUGCCCAAGUUGCCGCGGUCGUACAGUGAUCCUUCCCCGAUUCCAAAUAGCAAUAAUAGUGUUAACAGGAGCAGUAGUAGUACUUGA